AUGGAACCGACUGCACAGCCAAGCAGCUUCUCCUCCUUCCCCCGACAACGGCAACAGGAACAGCAGCAGGAAGAGGGGCAACAAGGCCAGCAACAAGGCCAGCAACAAGGCCAGCAACAAGGCCGGCAACAAGGCCAGCAACAAGGCGACGAUGGCGACCAGGAGCAAGGGCAGGGCCGAGGUGGCGUCGGCUACACCACGUUCACUCGCCCGGACAAUGUGCGGCUUGACAAGGACUUUGCCAAGUUUGAGGCGCACACCAAGGGCAUCGGCAUGAAGCUGCUGCAGAAGAUGGGCUGGAAGAAAGGCGAGGGCCUUGGGCGAGCGCGCCGCGGCAUCGUGGAACCUGUGCAAGCAAAGCUGCGCAAGGCGAAGCAAGGCCUGCAAGAGAAGGGCGAGCGAACGAAACAGAGCCGGCAGCACUUUCGCGAGGAGCGCGGCGCUGGCGCUGGGGAAGAGGGCGAGGAUGACGAGUACCGCUCUUCCUCAGAUGAGCUGGACAGCGACCUGGACGAGCCCGCGGCGCUCGGCAGCUAUCGGCGCCAGCGGCAGGAGCGCAGAAGAAAGGCGCUGGAGGCGGAGGACAAGGGCGCCAUGGAGACUCAGCUGUGGCGUGCCAAGGGCACGGACAAGCGUAAGGCACCCAUCACCUACAGCUACGUCACGGCCGAACGCCUGCUGUCAUCGAUGCCUGGGGAGGGCGAGGGUGACGAAAAAGCGCCCACGGCAAUGAAGAUUGUGGACAUGACGGGCCCGCAGGUGCAGGUGCGCUCAACCAUGGGCGAGGCAACGGCGGCGCAGCAGCAGCAGCAGCACCUGCAGCCGAAAGGGCCGUUCCCGGAGCUGCAGCACAACAUCGCCGUGCUGCUGGAGAUGGCGGAGGCCGACGUGCACACGUGGAACAACAAGGUGCGCGGCACGCGCCGCCAAAUACAGGCGCUGGAGUCGGAGGAGCGGGAGCUGAACGAGCGGCUCGGCGCCGAGCAGUCUGCAGUGGACAGCCUGGAGCAGCUGCUGGAAAAGACGGCGAUAUUGGCAGACGUUGGCAACGAGGAGAGCGACAUGCUGCGUGCCAUUGAAGGCUAUGCAGAGCUCAAGGCAGAAUACCCGCGCGAAUACAGGCGAUAUGGGCUGGCGCACCUGGCCUACGCCACGGCCAUUGACCUGUUUGCAGCACGCCUCAAGUCGUGGCAGCCGCUGCAGGAGCCAACACGCCCCGUCAGGUAUCUGCGUCAGUGGAAGCGCAUCUUGCCGCGCACGGCAGACAGGCACAACACGAGGCACCACAGCGACACCGCGGACGCCACAGACUCGACGUUUGAGUCGCUUGUGUGGUCUGCAGUUCUUCCCCACGUUCGCACUGCGCUUGUCUCGCGCUGGCAACCACGCGACCCGGCGCCCGUCGUUGCUCUCCUCGAUGCGCUCAGCCCGUUCCUCUCCACCACCAUGCUCGACAACAUUGCGCGCCAACUCAUCCUCCCUCGCUUGCAGAACGCAGUGCAAGCCUGGGACCCGCGAACAGACCGCGUGCCCGUGCACGUGUGGCUGCACCCGCUGCUGCCAUACAUGCACACGCAUCUGCACGAGGUGUACACCAGUGUCCGCUACAAGCUCGGCGUGUGUCUGCGCGCGUGGGACGCCGCGGACACGACAGCGCUGGCGAUGAUCAAGCCCUGGCACGGGGUGUGGCGCACACGCGACAUGCACGUGUUCCUGGCGCGCUCGGUUGUGCCCAAGCUUCGGAAACACCUCAGCAAGCUUGCCAUCAACCCUGCCGAGCAGGACUUUGGCGUGCUUGAGACAGCCAUGGCGUGGGAGGAUAUGCUUGCCACCUCGGAUGUGGUCAGCCUGUGGGCCGGGUGCGUGUUUCCCAAGCUGCUACGCUGCCUGUGCGUGUGGAUGAUGCAAGAAGACGCCAUGUACGAUGAAAUUGCCGACUGGUAUUUGCAGUGGAAGCGUCUCAUCCCGGCCCGCGCCCUCGAAGACCCGACCAUCCAGAGCCGCCUGCACCGGGCGCUGAUGAUUAUGGACCGUGCCAUGGACGACCCCUCCACCCUCGCGUACGAACUGCGCACUCUCGACCGGGAAUCUGAGCGCACGCGCACGCCAUCGCGGCCACAGUCGCCGGUUGCGGCUGCAUCCCCACGCAUGGGAUCGCCAGCACGUGGCGCUGCAGAGGCGGCGAAGGCCGGGGCAACGGGGCCGUCACGCAUGGCGGCGACAGCGACAGCAGCGUCGCUCGGUGUCAGUGCGCCGCGUGCGACGUCUGUGCGCGAUCUGGUGACGCGUGCUGCUGCGGAGUGUGGCGUUGUGUUCGCGCCGAAGCAAGGGCGGCGCACGGCGCACGGCCAGCCACUGUACUCGUUUGGAGAUGCCACCGUGUACAUUGACAAGGGUGUCAUCUUUGUUCGCGAUGCCAAGCGUGGCGGGCAGUAUGUGCCCACCUCCCUUGAAGACUUGCGUGCACUUGUCCAAUAG